UUAUUAAUAUUUAUUCCCAGAGAUUCAAAUAGUAUUUAAUUCAAAGACUGUAGAGACCAAUUUUGUUAAAGCGCUUAUUCUAAAGAUAAACCCUAAACCCUAAUCAACACCUUUCAUCUUCAAUAUCUUUUCAAUGGAGCAUAAUCAGCAGCAUAACAAACGGAAUCAGCCGGAGGAUAUGGCAACGACGACGGCGACGGCGACCCAGAAGAGAAAACGAAAAGAAGUUGCUGUCUUUGGCAACUACAGAAACUACUAUGGCUAUAGAAUAGGUCAGAAUUUGGAGGAAGAUCCAAGAUUAAAAGCUAUGAAGAAGGAGUGGUUUGAAGGCAAGGAUUGUCUUGACAUUGGCUGUAACAGUGGAGUGAUCACAAUCGCUAUCGCACAAAAGUUUAACUGCCGAAGCAUCCUUGGAGUCGAUAUUGAUGAUGCAAGAAUCCAGGAUGCCUAUUGGACUCUCAGGAAAGCAGUGAGGAGUACUGGAGCUGUCCCGGCGGGGGUUGCCAAGUCGACUGAGUCAAAGAAUGUUACUGGUAUUGAAAGCCAUGAGGCUGAGUCACCUAAGAAGCCUGCAAACAUUGAUUGUACAGAAUCUCAUCAUGUGCAAGAGGCAAAUUUGUUUGACAUAGUCUCUUUCAGGAAGGGAAAUUUUGUUCAGAAUUGGCAUCUUGUGGAAAAUACAUCUUAUGAUACGAUUAUUUGUUUAAGUGUGUCAAAAUGGGUGCAAUUAAACUGGGGUGAUGAGGGACUUAUAACUUUAUUUUCAAAAGUCUGGAGGCUUCUUUCACCGGGUGGUGUCUUUAUUUUGGAGCCUCAGCCUUGGAGUUCAUACUACAGUAAUCGUCUUGUAUCUGAGACAACAAGAAUUAAUUAUCAAGAAAUUAAGAUUCGUCCAGAAGAUUUUCAAGAUAUACUUUUGGACAAGAUUGGAUUUAGAAUGGUAGAGGACAUAACAUCCAGUGCGUCUGGUCGCAAACCUGGGUUUAAUAGACCAAUUUUUGCAUUCUGGAAGUGAUGCAUUAAGGCUAUGAAAGUGCUUUAUAUAUACAUAUAUAUAUACACGGAGGAUAUGAUGUACGCAGAUCUUACCCUCUACUUUUUUGGGGUGUAGAGAUGGUUUCCGCAAGAUCAUCAGCUCUAAAGGGAUGUUAUCGAAGCAAGAUACCGAGCUCUUGAAUUUAUUCCAAAUCUUUCAUGUACUGCGGGUGAUGAUUUAUUUCAUCUCACUUGUAAUUGGAUGUAUAUGUACAUUUGGUCUAACUGAUAAUUAACCAUGCCAUGGUUUAAUCAAAAUUUUGAAACAACAGGUCAUCAAAUACAGGUAGUUGUAGAAGCUUAUGAAUGUUCUAAGCAUAUAAAAAUACUAUUCCAGGAAAAAAAAAGAAAAGAACACUAAAUAUUUUUGG